AUGGCCGUCCCUGCUUCUGUUGCCUACACUGCCCUCGGCGAAGGUCCUGCCACUGCCGAAUUCUGGCUGGACCUUCUCUGCCCCUUUUCGCAGAAGUGCACCGCUCUUCUGCACUCCUAUCUUGUCCCGGCCGUUCUUCCCGGCGGCAAGUAUCACGGCAAGCUUCGCAUUCUUAUCCGCCCCUACCCCCAGCCAUGGCACCCCCAGGGUGGGUAUUCGUGCCUCUCGCUCUGGUCCUUCGGCCGCGCAUUCUGUGCGCCCGGGAACGCGUACGGCGGUGACGCCCGCCUCUGGUUCGAAUACUACGCCGCCGUGGCUGCCAAACUGGAUGACUUCAAGGACGGUCAGGCCCUGGGGGUGACGGGUCAUGAAUAUAACAAGAAACUGGUCGAUAUCGGCGCCGAGGCUGUCUGGGGCAGCGUCGACAAGCUCGGCCUGAAGAACAUUGACAGUCUGGAGGCUGCGCGGGCUAUUUUCGCUAAUGCGCUGGAGCCUGCCAUCAGCGCCAAAGGCAACAAUGACAACCCCAAUGGCCCCGAUAUGAAGUACUUUAUCCGUCUGGGUCGUCAGAACAGCAUCAACGCGACCCUCUCGCUUGUCUGGGAUGGUCUGUACGACCGGAUCCCCCAGAGCUCGUGGAAGGAGGCCGAAUGGGAUGAAUAUUUACGGUACUUUUCUUCACCUCCAGAGACUUGUGCAUGACUAAUUCUUUAUAGGAGCAAGGGUGUUACCCCGAAUUGACUAUCUAG